ACCUGUUAGGGAAAGAAGUUGCUUAGUAACUAGUUAGCUAGGAACCAAACGCCCUGUUACCCCCAAGGGCCACAAGGCCACGGGGCCUCGCAGCGUCAACCGCCCCCUUUAAGUCAUUUCAGUCUUCUGAGCACCAUCUUUUAGACCUGCACAGUCUGAUAAGCCACUGUCAUCGUGACCACCCUCAGAUCCACAGGACGGGGACCGCCCCAGCCGAAGGAGAUGACCCGCGCCGUCUGAGCAAUCGCAUCCCCGCCCGCGCCCCAGCCCCAGGGCAUAGCAACCUCCCUCCAUUCCUCCCAGCCUGAGGCCUCCGCGGCGAGCUCGCGGAAGGCACGGCCGGAAGGGGCGGGCACUGCGCCCGGCGAGCCCUCCGCGCCAUGGCUUCUCGUGGCGUCGUUGGCCUUUUCUUGCUCUCUGCUCUCCCUCUCUUGUGUCUGGAGCUCCGGCGCGGGAUCCCGAGUCUCGGAAUUAAAGACCUCAUUUUGCUGAGUGGCCGGAUAUUCCUACUGCUGGCCCUGCUUACCUUAGUCAUUUCUGUGACCAACUCCUGGUUUAAUUCACUGAAACCUUCCCAAGGUCAUCUGAAAGAUUCAGAAGGAGAAAAAGAGAAUGAGAAAAGACAGAGACUGGUGAGGGAAAGGCAACAGGAAGCCCAGGGUGAGAAGGCCAGCAGAUAUAUAGAGAAUGUUUUAAAGCCUCAGCAGGAAAUGAAGUUGAAAAAACUGGAGGAGCGGUUUUAUCAGAUGACAGGGGAGACCUGGAAGCUCACCACCGGCCACCGACUCCUAGAGGGGGAUGAAGAUUCGGAGUUUGAAAAUUCAAGUCAGGCAUCUUUUGAAACAAUAAACGGACAGGCAGCAAGAAGACUGAACUUGCCUAAGUUUUCAACUGAAGUUUCACCACCUGCUCGGCCGCCCCUGAGGAAGGAGGUUCCUGAUUUACCUGAAGAACCAUCAGAAACAGCUGAAGAGGUAGUUACUGUUGCCCUUCGGUGCCCAAAUGGACGUGUUCUGAGGAGAAGAUUUUCCAAGUCGUGGAAUUCACAGGUCUUACUUGACUGGAUGAUGAAAAUUGGGUACCACAAAUCCCUAUAUAGACUUUCCACUUCCUUUCCCAGAAGGGCCCUGGAAGUGGAGGGAGGCUCGUCACUGGAGGACAUAGGAAUAACUGUGGAUACUGUACUUAACGUGGAAGAGAAAGAGCAGAGCAGCCAGUAGAGAAGUCGGAAGCACCUGCUGUCCUUCCACAGGGCGGUGUUCAUUCAAGCCAAGAUGUACCUGGAGCUCCUCUUGUCCAUGGGUGUCCCCCCCCCAUACCCCGCCCACACCCCGUGGAUGAGGACUGCUUUGCCUGUGAUGGUCUGUGGCCUGUCAUUAUAAUGUGGAAGGAAGUAAAAAGCACAUAGAGUAAGACAGACCUGGAUGCAGGCCUCAGCCAGGCAUGGUGGGACAUGCCUCAACUCCCACAAUUUGAGUUAAUUAGACCAUCUUCAAACCAAACCAAACCCUAGCUCAUAUAAGAACUGGUUUCUGCUUGCGUCUACCUUACCAUAAAGUAUUUCACAAUUCAGUCAAAAUCUAAGGAGGAUGAAGGAAGAUUCUAUUGUAUUUCUAAAAAUUUAAAGAACUUCCAGAGCCAACUGAUCCUGUAUAGUUUUGACUUAGAUCUGGGGAUGGAGGUUUGGUCCAUGAACCUUGGGGAACAUAGUGAAACCACAGUAAACAAGGCCAUUGUUGUUAAGUGCAUUUGGAAUGUGAGCUGUCGUUUGUGUAAGGACUGAUGCCCUUAGAGCAUCUCUCAACCUGUGGGGUCCUGAGGGGCACAAAUAACCUGUUCAUAGGGGUGCAUCUAAGACCAUCUGCAUGAGAUUUACAUGAUGAUUCUUAACAGCAGCAAAAUUGCUUAUAAAGUAGCAAUAAAAUAAUUUUAUGGUUGGGGGUCACCACAAUAUGAGGCAAUGUAUUAAAGGGUUGCGGUAUUACAGAGGUUGAAAACUUAA